UGCGGAGCAGCAGCCCUGCGUGGUGACUGCGCCCUCCUGCGCAUCUACUGGGCGCCCCUGUGUACCGGAGGUCGCCGCGUAACAGCGGCGGCCGGGCACUGGGUGAGGUAAGGGAAUGCGCAGGGCAGUGGGUGCAGCCCCAGCCGCCAGGCGCCUCCUAACUAGAAGAACGAACUUUCGGCGGAGGUGAUGAAGGUGCUAGCGCUUCCUGGUCCCUCCCCUUCCCGCGGCAGGUUCUUGGCGCCCGGAGCAGCGUCGGGCCGCGCCGCUCGGGCUCGGGGCAGAGGUGCUCCCACCAUGGCCGCUGCCCCUGCCCUUGCCGGGGUCCCCGCGCGCCAGCACUACCGCGUGCAACUGCGUUUCGUCACCGAAGAGCAGCUCUUCUCCACGGGGCCGCUCUUGCUCUCUAACCCGACGACUUUGCGGCUGGAGGUCCACGCGGCAGGGGAGGAGGCAGAUGCUACGGUGACUGACGCUGAUGGAGUCUGUGUCUUCAAAUGCUCACUCACCAGAGACACUGAAUGUUGCUGUGUGGGACAGGAAUCCAUCUUGAUUACCCUGGGCUACAACAGUGCUUUGCUGAAGUUUGAGUCUCCUGCUGAACUCAGUGCAUUUGCAAAUACCUUGAAAAGAUGCCGGCGUGAGAAAAAGGAAUACUCAUCGUUCAGCCAGCGGACAGAAGAGGCGUCUGCCGCACAGUACUUCCAGUUUUAUGGCUGCCUGUCCCAGCAGCAGAACAUGAUGCAAGAUUUUGUGAGGACAGCCACUUACCACAAAGCCAUCCUCCAGAACCACACAGACUUUAGAGAUAAGGUUGUUCUAGAUGUUGGUUGUGGAUCAGGAAUACUGUCAUUUUUUGCUGUACAGGCUGGAGCUCGGAGAGUCUAUGCAGUUGAAGCCAGUUCAGUAGCACAAUAUGCUGAGAUGCUAGUGAAAAGUAACCACCUUUCAGACAAGAUCACUGUUUUGCCUGGGAAAAUUGAAGAAAUCUCACUUCCUGAGGCUGUAGAUGUGAUCAUUUCAGAACCAAUGGGAUACAUGCUGUUCAAUGAAAGGAUGCUGGAGAGUUACCUUCAUUCCAAAAAAUGGCUAAAAGCAAAUGGAAGGAUGUUCCCGACAUUCAGUGACAUCCACUUGGCCCCCUUUUCUGAUGAACAGCUGUACACAGAACACCACUCCAGAGCCAACUUUUGGUACCAGCAGUGCUUCUACGGGGUCAACCUGUCCAGUCUCCGGGGUGCUGCGGUGGACGAAUACUUCAGACAGCCAAUAGUAGACACAUUUGACAUUAGGAUUUUGAUGGCUCAAACAGUCAAGUACACAGUAAACUUUAUGGAUGCAGAAGAGGCAGAUCUCCACAGAGUAGAAAUUCCCUUUGUAUUUCAGAUGGCGCAGUCUGGCCUCAUCCAUGGCCUGGCCUUCUGGUUUGACGUGGCCUUUGUUGGAUCUCUGGUAACGGUUUGGCUGUCAACAGCCCCCACCGAGCCUCUGACUCACUGGUAUCAGGUGCGGUGCCUUCUUCAGACUCCUCUCUUCGCUAAGGAAGGAGAGACCCUCUCAGGGAAGGUGCUGUUUGUGGCCAAUAAGAGACAGAGCUAUGACAUUCAGAUUGUGGCGCUGGUAAACCAGACGGGCUUCAGGUCUGGAAACACCCUGGAUUUAAAGAAUCCCUUCUUUAGGUUUCCUUAGAAGAUAGUGACAAGCCAAGCCAUUGGAAAUGAAGGCCUGAGAAGUCCCUUGAUAGCCACCUUCAUCCUUCAUGUUCCAAAUAUGCAUUCUAAAUUUUACAAAGAUGUUUCGGUUUAUUUAAAUUCCUUUUUUUAUUUUUCUCCUAACUUCAAAAUGUGCAUCUUAAUUUUGACAAAUCUAUUUCUUGGUGCUUCUUUACCUGGACUGGUCUUUUACAGCUUUCUGCAUGUAGCAAAAGAAUAAUUUUCUGAUUUUGGUUUAUUUUUUUGUUUGUUUGUUAUAUUAGUCAAGCCAACAGCACUGCUUUGAUUUUUGAAGGCUUUAGAAAAGAUAUUUAACACAAUCCUACCUCAUGUUUAGAAUUAUGCGUAUGUAUGACAUGACAUAAAAGCAUGAGAUUUUCUGUUUGCAAUUUUAAUCUGUUUUUGCAAAUAUUUUCAAGAAUUCAACAGCUAGUGCCCAGCUCAGCUAUGUGUUAAAGAAUUUUUGCCUUAUUCAUGUCAUGGAAUAAUACGACGUCAGGCACGUUCUUCAUUGGCAAUAUUUGAUGACUCCGUGUGUAGUUAAGAAAGACGGAACCUUUGUCAGUUCCUCUUAGGUUUAUAAUAAAAAUGUACAGUGGGAGAAACAGUGAA